ACAUCCGGGUACUGGCUCCAUUGAAGGCUGCUAGAAGAUGGCUUCGGCAGUGAGAAUUACGUCAACUGCAAAUACACUAAAUUUUCUAGAAAAUCAAAACAGCGAGGAGGAGGAGGGACAGAAUUUAUGGUCCUCAAUUUUGAGUGAGGUAUCAACCCGUUCACGAUCCAAAUUGCCGUCUGGCAAAAAUGCCCUCAUUUUGGGUGAUACAGGAACGGGAAAGACCACUCUGAUUGCCAAACUCCAGGGAGUUGAGGAAUAUGUCAAAGGCAGAGGACUGGAAUAUCUGUACUUUAAUGUUCAUGAUGAUGAUAUUGAUGAUCAUGCCAUGUGUAACGCGUGGAUUCUGGACGGUGACCUGUAUCACAAAGGCCUUCAGAAGUUUGCUGUGUGUGGGGAGAACCUGGCUGACACCAUGGCCCUCCUGGUAGUCGACAUGUCCAGGCCGUGGCUGGUGCUGGAUUCCCUGCAGAAGUGGGCCAGCGUACUGCGGGAGCACAUUGACAAGCUCCGAGUCAACCCAGAGACACUGAGAGACUUGGAGCAGAGAUUGGUCCGGCAGUUCCAGGAGUACACAGAGCCAGGGGGCGACCACAGCGCCUCUCCCCAGAGAAGAAAUCCUGUUGCUGGGGACGCUGAGGAGGAGUGUGUGGUCCUGCCAUUGGGAGAUAACACGCUCACACACAACCUGGGUGUACCUGUUAUGGUGGUCUGCACAAAGUGUGACACCUUUGGCAGUCUAGAGAAAGAUCAUGACUACCGGGAGGAACACUUUGACUUCAUCCAGUCUCACAUACGACACUUCUGCUUGCAGUAUGGUGCAGCAUUGCUAUACACGUCAACGAAGGAGAACAAAAACAUAGACUUACUGUAUAAAUACCUGGUCCACAGGUUGUACGGCUUUCCCUUUGACCUGUCUGCCCAGGUUGUAGAGAAAGACUCAGUGUUCAUACCAUCCGGAUGGGAUAACGAAAAAAAGGUUGCCAUUCUAUAUGAAAACUUUCAAUCGUUGAAAAAGGAAGACAAAUUUGAAGAGGUUAUCAUCCAGCCUCCGGUUAGAAAGGUUGUUCAUGAAAAAGAACUAGGAGCGGAGGACGAUCAAGUGUUUCUUUUAAAGUUUCAGACACUGUUGUCCAAGCAACCCCCAGCAGCAGCAGGCAGACCUGUGGACACCACCAACAGAGCACCCACAGGUUCUCCUCGGGUGUCCAACCGUUCGGCCACAGCAAACGUAGCCAAUGUCAUGCCCAUGCAGCCAGGUGGCCAGACCAGUGAGGGCGUACUGGCUAACUUCUUCAACAGUCUGCUGAGCAAGAAGUCAGUGGAAGGGGGUGGGGGUGGCAACACGCCCAGAACUGUACGGAAAUCAGAUCCAAAGGUGGGACUAGACGGUGACCCAGAGGCAUCCUCCCCCACCUCACCCUCACCCCCAGCGGGCAUGGAUGAGUCCUGAACCCCAGACCCUGACCCCACCACCACACGAGUGCACACACGGGCUGGAUCUUCUCCCUCUUUUUAUACCCUUUAUUGUCAAAUGGAUCAAGGGCUGGACUGGGAACAGAACGGAAGCGGGUGCCAUGAGACCAAGCCCUGCAUGCCUGACCAUCAAAACACCGCCAAAGCAGCACAAACUGGACUUAAUGAUAACCAUCAUUAUAUUAUAUAAAGUUAUAAGCUCACUGGAUAUUGGAGAGAAAAGGAGUAAGGCUGCUUACUUGCCUGUCUGUUAUUGCUGUAUUUUCAGACCCACAUUAAAUUGAGAGUAACAGAUUUUUUUGGGUGGCCUUAGUAGAGUUUAAGUCUUUAAUUUGCCAUAUCUAAUAAGCUAUCAUAGUUUUUAGAUGAACAAACCGUGGAUAAUUUAGAGAUUCAAGUUUUUGGAAUAAAACAAAAACAUAUUCAAAAUUAAAGUGAAAUAGGCAUGUACUGCUCAUGCCCAAGCAGUUCCUUUUAAAUUUACCAGAUGCUUUUAUUCCCAACAACUUGCAUGUUAGGUUAGGUUUUAGUGCCCAAGGGCACAAGAAAUUCUUCACAGUUGGUUCAAGGAUUCGACAUGAAAACAUUUCGGUUGUCUGACCCAAACACACAUCUGUCUCACCAUGUUAUCUCAUAACAUGUCUGUAAAUUGUAACAGGCAGAGAUACAGGGACAAGGGGUGCAGAGACACAGACAGCUAAGGGGUGCAGAGACACAGACAGCUAAGGGGUGCAGAGACACAGACAGCAAAGGGGUGCAGAGACACAGACAGCUAAGGGGUGCAGAGACACAGACAGCUAAGGGGUGCAGAGACACAGACAGCUAAGGGUGGCAGAGACACAGGUAGGAAGGGGUGUGGGUGGCUGAAACCUGGGUAGCCUCUGCACCCUCUGUCUCCUGGCCGGGGUAGUGUGACACAAACGCGUCGACUGCUUCUCGUUUUUGAUCAACUCCUCGCACUGUAUCUUCUGCUUCCUGGUUUUUCUUUUUUCCUUCUUCCACAGCCUGCUCCGCAGGGGCCUUCAUAUACACUCCCUGACAAGGUCCCAAUGCGGCGGGGCUGCUAGCUGCCUCGCGAAUGUUCUGGAACCUGCCAGCUUCUCCUGUGGGGGGCGUUGGUACAAUGCUGAUGCAGCAGGCGGGGCGUGUUUGCGCCAGAAAAUGCACCACAUUUGUUUUAAAGUGUAUAACUGAGACAUAAGGACUCAGGAAAAAUAAGCAUAUGUUUUUAGACCCAUGUUUGAAAAUUUUACUCAUGGGUAUUUGCUCUUUCCAUUAAUGAAUCCUAAAGUCUUCUCUUCGCUGUAACCGAAAACAAAUAAGUGAUCAAGUGGUCAAAGAGAUGUUUAUUUGUCAGUAAACAACUAAAAUAGUGUCCUCCCUUCCCUGAUUGCACACUUUCAUGGAGGAUACUCAGAAGUAUUAAUGGAUGGUGAAUUUCUUUCAAUUGUAGUAACCACUUUGAACCAUAUUGUUUGUCAAAAUAUAAAAUCAUGCACAUAUUUAAAAACAAUAUGCCAGUUAUUGUUAUAUCAAUAAAAGGUAUUGCACAACAAACUUAA